AUGGCGCAGGAGCGGGAGUUCUACAAGUAUUGUCAAUUGCCCCAACGCCCAGGACUGCUGCAUCGCCCGCCCACUACCCCCUCCUCCGAGGAAGCCGAAGAUGAUCUACCUCAAUCAUCCCAAGACACCACCCUAACCGCCCUCGCUCAACUCGGUGCCUUGCGACUCAAUGCUCGUCGCUGCAUGAUUUCCCUCUUCGACCGUCAUACUCAGUAUAUUCUCGCCGAAGCCACCCGUACCCUCAGCCUUCAGGAUGAUCGCAUCCACAAGGAUGGAGAUGCUCUUUGGCUGGGGAGCAGUGCCAUCCAGAAGUGUGAUGGUGUCUGCCACUAUGUCUGCGACUAUGAACAAUUAAACGCCGGUGAAGAGUCCCUGAGCAACGGAGGGGGCCCGUUUGCGCUAGUCAUUCCCGACAUGACUAAGGACGAUCGAACCAAGAACCGCGGUUACGUCGUGAACGCCCCGUUUCUCCGCUUCUACGCCGGCGUGCCUAUCCUGAGUCGUCGCGGCAUCGUGAUUGGCGCUUUUGCUGUCAGUGACGGGCAGACGCGACCGGGCCUCGACGAACUGGAAUUACGCUUUAUGAAGGACACGGCCGCCGCAAUCAUGAACCAUCUGGAGAUGGUACGUUCUCAGCAACAGAACCUGCGCGGAGCCAACAUGAUUGCCGGUCUGGGGCGCUUUCUCGAAGGGGGACUGUCCUUGCCUCUCGGGCUGCGCAGCAAGAACAAACAGUUGCACUUGCGCUGGAACCAUGCUACACGGGCCCCGGGGUUUUCGUCGCCUCGGGACCCUCGUGAACGCCGGGAUUCGCGAGAAUCGAAGGAGCAGAGGGAAUUGAAAGAGCCGAGCGCGCCCAAGGAGGCGUCGUCGCCUUCAGGUUUGUAUCCUAACAAGACACUAUCGACCGGCACCCGAGAAAUCCUCAAUCGUGCGGCGCACGCCCUACGCGAAUCCUUGGAUGUCGAGGGAGUGGUAUUUUUUGACGCCAGUGUGCGCUCGUAUGGCGGGCUCAUGCAGAGCGGAGAGGCCCGUCAUUCCGAUUUAGAGAUCAGUACUACUUCCGGCUCGGGCGAGUCUGGUAGCGACAGCGAACACUCCACCAUCGGUCAUUCGUCCACCGAGACGGACGAGUCGGCGCUUUGUGAGGUUCUCAGUCUUUCUACCGACCCGGAGGAUGCGAGCUUUCCGGUCGGGUCCUUCCACGAAAGCUAUCUGCGGUCGCUUCUGCACCAUCAUCCCCGCGGUGGGAUUUUCAAUAUCGACGAAAAUGGAUGGGUCUCGUCUAGCGAAGGUAGCGAUGGGGCGACAGGGAGUGCACUGAGUCGCGAUAUUGUUUAUCGGCGUCGUGAGGCCACACAGGGCGGGAAGAGUGGUCUCCGAAGCAAGCGGCAAAAGCUCACCUCCCGCGAUGAGUGUAAGGCUUUGCACAAGGUCUUUCCUCAAGCACGGAGUGUCAUUCUGUUCCCAGUCUGGGAUUCGCGACGCAAUCGAUGGUUUUCAGGGUUGUUUGCGUGGACGACCUCUCCGCGGGCUUUCAGCUCCCGCGGCGAAUUGGCUUACCUGUAUGCCUUUACCAACAGCAUCAUGGCCGAGAUCCAUCGGUUGGAUGUCGAGCUCGCCAACAAGGCGAAUCGGACGCUGGUAAGCAGCAUCUCACACGAGCUGCGUAGUCCCUUGCACGGUAUUCUCGGCAGCACCGAGCUGCUGACCGAUUCCAGCAUGACGCCCCCGCAGGUUGCUCUCGUGCAAACCAUCGAGAACUGCGGUCGCUCGUUACUCGACAUUAUUAACAACAUGCUGGAUUUUGCGAAGAUCAACCAGUUCACCCGCAAGUCCCGAUCUGGGCGGUUGAAGGCAGGACCGGCCUUGGCCCGACGACAGGCGAACUCCGGGCGAGCACUGGCGAAGAAGCGACCGAGCGAAGGCAUUGUCAACCUCAUCACCGAUGUUCAACUCGACUCGGUUCUCGAGGAGGUCAUGGACACGGUCUUUGCGGGUCACUGCUUUGCCACCACCACCGGGUUCCUGGCUCAAGGGGGUCCUGUACUGACCGAUCAAGACAAGGAUGGUGACUAUCUAAUGGGCAAUACUCCGCAGAAACCGCGGACAAACGAGCCUUUGACGGUCAUUUAUGAUGUGGAACCAGGAAUGACGUGGCUCUUCGAAACACAGGCAGGUGUAUGGAGACGGAUUCUGAUGAACAUUUUCGGCAAUGCCUUGAAGUACACACGGUCCGGUCACAUUGUGGUCUCUCUAAAAUCAGCCAAUGCUGCUGGUACCAAGCCCAAGCGGAUACCAUUUACUGAUCCCUUCAAGCACGAGGUGGCUGGGAUCGUCCUCAGCGUGAAGGAUACCGGACAAGGCAUUGACAAAGAGUACCUCAAAAGCAACAUCUUCAAGCCGUUUUCCCAGGAGGAUCCUCUGUCUCCCGGAAGCGGCUUGGGACUUAGCAUCGUGUAUCAGGCGGUGCAGACCAUGGGAGGAAAAAUCGAUAUCAAUUCCACUCGGGGAAUGGGUACGGAGGUAACGGUGAGUGUUGAUCUGCUGCGGAGCCCGAGCCUGGCUCCCAGUAGUGAUCGAGAGGCGCGCACAAUUCACAGAGCGCAGCAAUUCUCUCGGGGGAAGUCGAUUGGGUUGCUUGGGUUCAAUGGGCCCGAGAGGGCGAAGGACGAGGGGCUUGCUCUGUUGCGGACCUCGCUCAGUAGCAUUUGUCAAGACCACCUUGGCAUGCAAGUCGGCAUGGUCUCGUGGGAUUCGAGUGAUGCGCCGCUCUACGACGUCUACCUGGUGCAGCAUUCGGACUUCAGUCGCGUCGAUAGCAUCUGGGCCAGUAUGGCGGGCAAGGCCUUGACCACCGGGCAGGAGCCCAAGGGACGACCACCCGUAGUCGUCGUAUGUCCCACUCCACAGGAGGCCCAGAAGAUGGCCGCCACCGGUUACCGUAGCCCCUCGUCUGCCAUCUAUGAGUUUGUCAGCCAGCCGUGCGGACCGACCAAGAUCGCGACGGCGGUAAUGACCUGCAUUCAGCGGCGCGAGCAGCAGCAGACGCAGUCGGUGACGGCCAAAAUGGAUGCCACGCUGGAGGAGGAACCCGGUACGCAGCCAACCAAGUUCACCGCGGCCUAUCACGCCUCCACCACAGACGUACAGACUAAGACAUCGUCAGGUAUGGACAUUGCGCUGACCACCUCCACCACCAUGGUCUCGACGACCACAUCCAGCAAGGGGGAUUCAGUGACCAAGAUCUUAGCGAUCGAGACGACGAAACGAGCGCCUGCGGUCCUCCUUGUGGAUGACAACGAGGUGAAUUUGAAAUUGCUGGUUGCCUUCAUGAAGAAAGCGAAACUGUCGUAUUUCACGGCAACCAACGGCUUGGAAGCCCUGGAGGUAUUCAAGGCCAAUGCCGGACUGAUUCAGAUCAUUCUCAUGGAUAUUUCCAUGCCGGUCAUGGAUGGUCUCGAGUCCACACGGCAGAUCCGUCUCUUCGAGAAAGCACAGCAAGAAUUUAGUCCGACGAGCAUGCCAUCGGCCAAGCCCGCAGUGAUUAUUGCUCUGACCGGUCUGGGCAGUGCUACUGUCCGCCACGAAGCCCUCACUCACGGGGUGGACCUCUUCUUGUCCAAGCCGGUUCGGUUCCAGGAGCUGAUCAAGCACAUCGGCGAACUUGUUCAUUGA